UGUCAUCCUGCAUUCCGGACGAUAAACGGCAUUGCUGUGCAGAGCAGACAGAACUCGCGGCUGUCGCCUUGCUUCUCCAUCAGACAUCUGAAGGGCGACUUCUCGGUCGUGCUGAGCAUGGUCGCGACUGUCGCGGCGUAUUCGGCGGUGCUGUUCAGCGCAGUGUCCAAGCUGCAGGAGCACCUGGGCGAGGUGUCCACCCUGGACGAGACGAAGCUGUUCGACUCGGCGGUGCGCCAGUGCGGGCUCAUCACGGAGCCCGUGCAGGUGGCCCUGAUACCGGCCCGGCUGUGGCUGACCUCGCGCGGCCUGCGGCGGUACUUCUCGCGCUGGAGGGCGCUGGAGCUGGACCACCGGGCGGUCACCUCGCGCACCCUGGUGCCGCUCGCGAGCACCCGGGUGCGCGUCGGCGCGUGUCUCGUCGCGGCGCUGUGCCUGGGCGUCUGCCUGCCGUGGGCCGCGCGGGGCAGCGCCAGCCUGGGCUUCCUGCUGGCCUACUCCGCGCUGGUGUUCACGAACCUGCUGGCGUGGUGCGCGCUGUGCUCCGCGCUGGGCAGCUCCGCCCGCCAGCUGUCUCAGUGUCUGCACGCACAGCUCUCCGCGCCCUCCGCCCGCCCAUGGACCCCCCAGGUGGCGGGCUACCCCCGGCUGUGGCUGCGGCUCAGCGACCUCGAGACCCAGACGGGCGACGUCCUGUGCCUCAACUUCCUCGUCGACUUCCUGAACGCCAGCGCCAAGAUCGCCAUCUACGUCUACAGGGACCUCGUGAGCAGGUCUGGGACCGCGCAUUUCUUCGCUGCGUUGAACAUCCUCAUCUUGUUCCUCAGCCUGAACGCAGCGUACGAUGCGAACAGAGAGGUCAAUACAAUUUUCCGGGAAAAAUUACUUACUCUGCAUUCCGAAACAAAGGAAGAAGAUCUUAAACAGCAGUUACUCGAAUUUAUAUACGUUACUUCAUGUGGAGAGUCCAAGAAUAGUUUAGGGGGAUUUCUGACCUGCGAUCGAAGUCUCUUCACUGCGAUGUUUCAAGCCCUGGUGAUGUACGUGGUGAUUCUACUGCAGCUGCAGAUGCAGUUCUCCUCGGGCCCUGAUAGCAGAUGCAACAGCACCUCAGGAAACACGACAGUCGCGGAGAGAACUCAGCACCCAGCCUAGAGCGACUGCGGGGGUAGAGCUUGCAAGCAAACUGCGCAGUAACACAUCUGCGAGCACAACAACCUGUCAGCCAAGUGAACGAUAAAAAAAUAUGUCGCAACGCACGUAGAUGUCUCAGUAUUGAGUUUAAUAUGUCGUAGCACUUUGAAUGUCUGUGAUUUUAAUUGAACCACCUAGUAAUUCAUGACUAACAUAUAAACUUUGAAAAACUUCAUAUUACAA